AUGACCACGAGUAAAUCGUUCCGAGCGAGCAUGCUCCCCUCCUCGCUCUCCUUGCCCUCGUUCCGAUCAACAUCCAGGGCCGACUGCAACUCCAAAUCCAACGCCAACUCCGACGCCAGUCCACCUCGCCAUGCUGAAAAAUCCAAGAGGAGGACGCUUUGGCACAAAGGAACUGCGCACUUACCCCUGUCCACGGGCAACACACCAUCGCCGGCCGUGGACGUGAAAGAACCCAAUUCAGCAGCAGCCACAACCUCGGCGCCCGGCGCCACCGACUUGUCCAAGCACCCUCCAGCGGCAUCGCCCACGCAGCCUCCUCCCAACACUCGACUUCGAAAAUCACGCUCCUGGGGCCACCGUAUAUCGUCAUUUGUUCCCUUACUGACGCCCGACACUGCAGACACGCACCUGGGGUAUCGCAAGUCUGUGGCACUCAGCAACAUGAUGUCACCCCAGACACCUCCUCCUCCCCCUCCCUAUGUUGCGUCCGAGGUCGAAGACGAGGCCAGCAGUUCGAGGAAAAAGAGCAAACCCAUCCGCAGCCUGGGAGCCUCGGGGAACGACGUGGCCGCCCUUCACCUACAAGAAUCCCCUCGAGCCCAAACACGACCCAAAGCACGACCCGUCCCCCCGAUCCCUGAAUCCGAGCCGCCAAAGAUCCCCGAGUUCGCAAUUUCGCUUUCCGAUGACCAGACGCCCGAAAUCUUGGUCCCGACGCCGCCGUCUCCGGACUUGCAAUAUGUCGCCUUGACGAAGCAAGAACCCGCGGCACAGCCGGGGGCGUGGACGGACAGUGAUGCUGCCGCCAAUCGAAACGAGGCUCAGAAACAGAAACAGCCCAAGCUGCAAAAGGAGACUCGCAAACCCCGACCGCGAAGCAACUCGCUGUUCCAACCCAAGGUACCCGAACCACAGCCCAGCAUCAACGUCCAUCCACGGCAGACAUCGCCCAUGUCCGAGCCCAGGGGCCGCAGGAGCGUCUCUGGCCAGACGUCGCUGGCUCCGUCCGGCUCCGCAUCACUGGCGCCGAAUUCUCGCUCUGCAUCUUCUCAUGACGGGAGCCGGAGCCCAACAAGGGUCAAAUUACGCCGAAGCUGGCUCCCAGGUGGAGCGCGACCUCGUUCCGAGUCGGAAGUGACCAAUAGUGUCAAACCCGAAGCCUGGAUCAUGUCCGAAGAGACUCGUGUGGAAUACAACCCCUCGUUUUUAAAAAAUGGCGAAAAGGUUCCAGAGCUGUGGAGCGAGAGUGGAAAUAUUUACGUGUACCUGCACCCCCGAGGGAGCGGCUAUGGACCCUGUUUUAAAGUACCAGAGUUUGUCGUUGGCACGUCCUACGUCUUCACCGAGCUCAUCUAUUCCGAGCAAUGUGCCGAGCCGCCCAAAGACAGGAGCUUUGGGGGCCGCGAGAACCUCGACGCUCACGAUGCUAACCGCAGGGCAUCACCACCACUGCGACCAGCGGUUGGCGAAGAGCCGAAUGCGCUGCGCCUCUACAUCCCUGCCGCACCACCAGCCUCUUCGACGCACUUGGAUGCACCCGGCGGAGAGCUGGAUCGGUUGAUUGCCAUCAGGAAUCUCUUCGCCUUCCUGACGGGACAACCACUAGUCGCAACAAAGUCCUUCCCUACCACUUUCCACGCCUUUGUCGAGCUCGCAGGUCUGCUGCAAGAGUUUGGUUUCUCCAGCCCUGAUGGCAGCACAUUUGGUGAAGCAGUAGAACUCAGCUUCGGCUUUUACUUGGAGCAACUGGGCCUUUCGGAUUGUCGACACAGCCGCGAGAAGACGAUAGAAUCCCUCGUUUUGGGCGAGCGCAUGCGAUGCGUCGAGCUAUACAACGAGGCUUUUGCUCAUGCUGCCGGCAAAUACUCUGCCAUCAUCGAUCUGAGAUUGCCACUAUUUGAGCAAGUGUCCCCGCUGACUCGGCAGAGACUGGAACGGGCUCAUUUGGAUCUCGUCAACAGACAACACAAUGUCAACGAACACCUGGAACAGUUUGAGUUUCCAUCACUCUUCGCCGGCAUUGCCAAUUCAACAUCUAUUCCAGAACUCAAACAGGUGCGGUUCAAGAUUUGGCGAAACUCAUUCAGUCGGAUGCGACAAUUCGUGCUCAGUCACUACAAGUCGACGUUUGGGAAUUGGCCGCCCAAAGCCAGCAACAAGAAGAACCGGUUCGCCGAAAGCGGUCUAAACAGACUCGUCCUGAAAGUUCUGUAUUCCGACAUGUGCGCCCUGUACGAUUUAUUAGUCGAUCGGGAGAGCCUGACGUCUCGGGUCAUCGACGAGGUUCCAGCCAUUUCCGACGUGCCGGGCAAAAUGACAAUAUCUGCUCUCCGAAACAUCCUCUCCGAGUUCGACCGCUCCAAACCUCCAGUCUUGCCGCCGAUUCCGUUUGACCUCCCGCAACUGCCGUCGAUGAAAGCCAUCCACGAGACAUUUGAUAGCAUGUCAGCCAAGGAUCAGAACAGAAUGCAAAAGAAGAUCAAGGAGCAUGAACUGAUUCUCAUCUUGAACAAGGCUUACAAUUACGACACGAACCGUGUUAAGAUGCCGUUCCUUGACCAAUUCAAGGCGUUCGAGAUCAGGGAGGGCAAAGGCAGAGUGACACAGGACUUGGUGGACCAACGUAUUGGGUACUGGUUGUUCCUUUACGUAGUUCUGCAGUCUCUGCCCAUGCUGGUGGUGGAUGCUCCGGGAGUUAAACACACCGAAGGUGUGGGCUACUUUCUUUGUGAGCCGCCCAUGGGCAACCUGCCUUGGAUCGAGGACGGACAGGUUCGCAAGAUGUGGUAUGAAGUCACGGGCGGCGGCGGCCUCGUUGAGCUUUCCACAGACGCCGUCAUGUUCAGUGUCGAAGCCACAUACCACCGCAGUCAUUGCUGGCUUGCCGCAAAACAAUGGGAAGGUCUGGAUGGCGCUGAUGCUGCUCCGCCCGAGGAGCCUCCAAUGUCACCCUUGCAGCCACCGCACCCCAUGUUUCCUGGCGAAGAACCUGCGAUGAACAGUCCGCCAGUUGUCGGCGGCCCGGGCACUCCGUCACCGCCCCCUAGUGGUCCCUCACCAUCAUUACGCCCUCGAAACCUGUCUCCAGCUCAUCGAAGCCGGCAGUAUUCUCGAUCGAGCAUUGCGAUGGGUCUCGAGCCAGUACCCAUGGAGCCUCGGCCGGAUUUCUUCGGAAGCCACAAUCGAAGCCUUUCCAUUGGUCCCCGUCCAUCGAGUAGCCCUAUCGGCUUUCGAAGUGCUUCAGUAGGGAAUCUCGCCGGCAUGACUUCUCGAGCGGCAAGCCCUGUGUCUCAAGCCAAGCCGGCGGCGACAGCGGGGGCCACGUUCGAUGACAUUCUCGGCAAAACUACGAUUAAACCGGCCGUGAAGAAGAAAAGUCGCUUCUUCUGA